GUGGAAUACAACCAUAUAUGUAUGUCGUAUAUGUAUGUAUAUGCCCCCGACAGAUAUACAUUCCAUACAUAACAAUCAAUUAGACGAUCACCACUUUAGUAUCAUGGAAUUUUCCGGCAAGGUAGUCAUUGUAACUGGAGCAAGUUCCGGCAUUGGAGCCGGUGCAGCUGUGCACUUUGCCGAAUUAGGAGCUCUGCUAACCAUUGUUGGACGCAAUGCUGAUAAACUCCAGGAAACAGCCAAUAAAAUAACGGCUGCAAAGGGGCAGGCUCCUCUUCUGGUAAAAGCCGAUAUGAACAACGAGGAUGACGUAAAACGUAUUGUCACCGAAACCCUGGCAAAAUAUGGUAAAAUUGAUGUCUUAGUCAACAAUGCUGGGGUUCUUGAGACCGGCACCAUUGAAAAUACCAGUUUGGAGCAAUACGAUCGUGUCAUGAACACAAACAUUAGAGCUGUUUAUCAGCUGACCAUGUUGGCUGUUCCGGAAUUGAUCAAGACCAAAGGUUCCAUUGUUAAUGUUUCGAGUGUUAAUGGCAUUCGUUCCUUUCCCGGUGUGCUAGCAUACAACGUAUCCAAGGCAGCCGUUGAUCAGUUUACACGUUGCGUUGCCCUUGAACUGGCACCAAAGGGCGUUCGCUGCAAUUGUGUUAACCCAGGUGUUAUUAUCACUGAAAUUCAUAAGAGGGGAGGCAUGGAUGAAGCGACAUAUGCCAAGUUUUUGGAACACUCCCGCACAACACAUGCCUUGGGUCGCCCCGGACAAGUAGAUGAAGUGUCCGGAGUAAUUGCUUUUUUGGCCAGUGAUAAGGCUAGCUUUAUCACGGGAGCCAGCUUGCCAGUUGAUGGUGGACGUCAUGCCAUGUGUCCCAGAUAAGACAUUGUUAUUGCAUUUGUGUAUUGCUUGUUGUUAAACUAUUUUAUAUGUGUAUCAAAACAUGUAAAAAUAAAAUACUCGUCAAAAGAUAA